AUCACAUGCACAUAGCACAUUGCUGCUGGUCUGCUAUUGAGACCACACCCCCUACAGGCACUGUGCAUUCCUCCAUCACAUGCACAGAUGAUUUCUAGAAGACUGGACCACACUUUUGAGCCCAAAGCACAAGACUAUUGAAGCCACACAUUUGAGCCUGUGGACUACACAAAGUGAAAAAAAUGCCACGUGCGCUAUCCGAUGUGUGGAGACAUUUCACACCAGCUAAUGUUCAAGGGAGGUCUGUGUAUAUGUGUAAAUAUUGUGAUAAGACAUAUGUGAAGAAUGCCACAAAAAUGCAGCAGCAUAUUGCAAAGUGCAAACAAAUUCCUCAAGGCCCAAAACAUGCAGCAGACAGGAGUUCCACUCCAGGGGAAAAUGAAUCUGUUUCAGCUGUAUCAGAGUCAGAUACCCUCUCAUCAGCUCCUGGUCCCUCUGGCAUCAGAGGAUUCUUUGAUUUUAUGGAUGAACCUAGCCAGAGAAAAGCAGAUGAGUGUUUCGCUCGUGCAGUCUAUGCAACUGGCUCACCCCUGAUCCUGCCAUCCAAUGUGUACUGGAAGACGUUUUUGAAUGUUCUCCAACCAGCAUACACCCCCCCAACCAGACAUGCGCUGUCUACUAAUUUGCUGGAUGAUGAGUUCAACAGAGUGCAAACAAAGGUCAAGCAAACCAUUGACAAAGCAGACUGUAUUUCAGUCAUCUCUGAUGGAUGGUCAAAUAUCCGGGGACAAGGAAUUAUCAACUACAUUGUCACCACUCCUCAACCUGUAUUCUACAAGAGUGUAGACACAAAGGACAACAGACACACAGGCCAAUACAUUGCUGAUGAGCUGAAAGUGAUCAUCAAUGACCUUGGACCAGAGAAGGUUUUUGCACUGGUCACUGACAAUGCAGCCAACAUGAAGGUUGCCUGGGCACAUGUGGAGGAGACCUACCCUCAUAUAACAACUAUUGGCUGUGCUGCCCAUACACUCAAUCUUCUCCUAAAAGAUAUAAUGGCAUUGAAAACAAUGGACACUCUGUACAAGAGAGCGAAGCAAAUUGUGAAAUAUGUGAAGGGCAAACAAGUAGCUUCAGCUACGUAUCUGUCAAAGCAAAAGGAAAAGAACAUGAGUACUACACUGAAGCUCCCCAGCAUCACACGAUGGGGUGGCGUUGUCAUCAUGUAUGAUAGCCUUCUGGAGGGAAAGGAGUCUCUGCAAGAGAUGGCCAUAUCCCAGACUGCAGGCAUGUUAGAUGAUGUGUUCUGGGAAGGAGUGUCUAGCAGUCUGAAAAUCCUCAAACCAAUUGCAGCAGCAAUAGCGAUGAUAGUGGGUGAUGGUGCCAUCUUAUCGGAUGUCCAGUGUCUUUUUGCAGAACUCAAAGAAGAAAUCCAGACGGUCCUGCCCACUUCCCUACUACUGAAAGCAGAGGAAACUGCUGUGGUAAAGUCAUUGGAAAAGCGGCGGGAGUUCUGCAUGAAGCCGGUGCAUGCAGCAGCGUACAUGCUGGACCCAAAAUAUGACAUGGGCAUACUUUCUGGGGAAGAGAUUAACGGUGCCUACGCGGUCAUUACAGCCAUGUCUGACCACCUGGGUCUUGAUAAAGGCAAAGUUCUAGGCAGUUUGGCGAAGUAUCGAACAAAGCAAGGCCUUUGGGAAGGGGAUGGAAUCUGGCAGGCAUGCCAGCACAUAUCUGCAGCCACCUGGUGGAAGGGACUUUGUGGAUCUGAGGCCCUUGCACCUGUAGCCUCCAUCAUCCUCCAAAUCCCACCAUCAUCAGCCGCCUCCGAGCGCAACUGGUCACUGUUUGGGAACACACACACAAAGGUUCGCAACAGGCUCACAAAUGUGAGAGUGGAAAAACUGGUUGGCAUUCGGGCAAACCUAAGGCUCUUUGAGCCGGACACAGAGCCAUCCUCAACAAGGCUGGACAGUGACCCUGAAGAGGAAGACUCAGAGUUGGAUGUUGAUGAGGCCCAGGAAGAGCCCAUUGACUGAAAGGGUUUAGCAAAAAUGCAGAGGAUUGCUUGAAGGAAGAUUUGCAUGUUGAAUGGGACAUUUUGGAGGGAGAGGGGCUCUUUUCAUUUCACAUUUUGAAUGGGACAUUUUGGAGGGAGAGGGGCUCUUUUCAUUUCACAUUUUGAAUGGGACUUUGUGGGCUUUUUUGGAUGGGGGGUGCAUUUUUGUUCAUUUU